AUCACGUCCCAGCGUGUCACUGUCAUUCUUUGUUUUCUCCGCUAAUUGCUGCCUCACAAAGGCUCUGCCCGCCGCCCCAACUGACUCUCGCACGUCAGUUCUGCCGUAGGAAGAACUGCUGCUGGUGUGUGGAGCAGCGCAUCACAUCACACAUCACGGGAGAGAGACACGGAGACACGGAGUCGGUCUCGUCUGGUCUGCAGCUGUUAUUCCAACCCACCUCCCCUACCAUCCGCACCCGCUGCACUCUGCAACAUUCCCUCCUCUGCCGCGCUGCAGCAGCCUGAACCUGUAGCCUCGAGAGACGCGAAGCUGGGCGGGCCGGAACUGCAGUAGAGAAAUACUCUUUGUAUCGCACCGCCAGCGUCACACCCUCGCAGCCACCGCCAUGCAGCAUCAGCAGUACGCGGACAUGUACUACGACCAUCCCGCCGGCCGCUCGCCCACGUCGGUGCGGCAGAGCUCGCUGCACCGCCAGAACUCACGCCAACAGUUUGAGCCAGCCUACGGCCACCUCCCGUCUGGUCUCUACACGGCCGAAGACCACGCUCAGAGUUUCAACGGCAAUCCACGAUUCAACGCAAACGACAUGCGCAACGCAACUGUAGGCGGUUACGGAAAUGGCGGCUACGACAACAUGGGCGGACAGUCGUGGAACGCCGGUGCGUUUGGACAGAAUAAUACGCUGAAUGGACUCGGUGGUCCGAAUCUGCGCAAGCCUCCAUCGCGGGGUGGUCGCUCUGGUCUGCCUUCUGCCUGGAUGGAUCAACAGCAGCAGCACAUGCCCAUGAACCAGUACGGUGUAGGAGGCUAUGGAGGGCAAAUGGGACGACACGACAUCCACUCGGAGCCCGAUGAAGAGCUGAUUCCCACUGCCAUCGUGAUCAAAAACAUUCCAUUCGCUGUCAAGAAAGAGCAGCUGGUUGGCAUUAUGACCGAGAUGGGCCUGCCCUUGCCUUAUGCGUUUAACUACCACUUUGACAACGGCGUGUUCAGAGGUCUUGCUUUUGCGAACUUCACGAAUCCUGACGAGACUGCGACAGUGAUUGAGGCGAUGAACCACUUUGAGCUUAAUGGGCGGAAGUUGCGAGUCGAAUACAAGAAGAUGUUGCCAGCUGCUGAACGUGAACGCAUAGAACGCGAAAAACGAGAACGCAGAGGGCAACUGGAGGAACAGCAUCGACCAAUGGCCGGCGCCACGCUGCAGACGCAAGCUUCGGCAUCUUCUUUGUCGUCUCGAAUGAUCAAUGCUAGCUCUCCUUCACCAGUGUCAGCACGCCAGAAGAUCGGUCCUGCCUUUUCUGAGUUGAGCUACACCGACUCGGCCACAGGAGGACCAGAGGUGAACCUGAACGAUGCUACGCAGCUGAACUACUACACCAAGCUCAUGCUGUUCAAGGAGGAUGCAAGCAAAGAUCUCCUGGUCUUUGCUCCCACUCUCUCACCUCCCGAGCGCCGUAUCGUUCAUACCUUGGCACAUCACAUGGGCCUGGGUCACGCGUCGAAGGGCGAUGCCAACCAACGCGCUGUCCACGUCUUCAAGGAAGGUCGUCAACGCCUGAGCCCACCAAUUCCAGCUCUCGCAAACCUCCAGACCGACCAACGCCGACAGCUCAACAGAGCUGCUACCACUGACUUCAGUGAUGUCCGCGCAAACGAGGGCUACUACGCCCCCAACAACCUCCGUCACCAGGCAUCUGGUUACCUGGGCUAUCAUGACACCCCGAAUGGGUUAAACCCGGGGGGCAAUCUCCGCUCGGCGAAGUCUUUCGCAGAUCUUCGCUCGUACACGCCAUCUCCAGUGCCGUCCACUGCUAGCUUUCCUGCUGCCCUCAGCAAUAAUGUGCAGCGCCUCCAGCAAGAUUUCGGUCGAGAGACUGGCCAGUCUGGCACGCCAACCCUGAUGACACCCACGUCUGGUCUUGCCGAGCGCGGCGACGCCUCCGGCCUCAUCAAUGGUCUUGGCAACAUGACUAUAGGAUCAGGAUUUGCAGGAAGUCCACGAGGCCUCCGCGGAUUCCCAUCUUGGGAAAGUGGCAACCCAGGCCCUAUUGGAAGCAACCGCUCAUUCAGCAACUUUGACGACCGCUCGCAGACUCGCAGCGCUCUACAAGGUGGUCCCGAGCGACAGCCACGCGGCCCGCUACCAGAGCGUGGAGCUGGCUUCUCGCGCAGACAGAACGGACACAUGCAGCGCAACAGUGACGAACUCUCACAGCAGAGCAGUGCCGCCGAAAUCACUGUUGAGCACUAGACUGACCAUCUUGGUUCGACGUGAUCACUGUCCUUACCCCAUAUGCUCAGUGAUGAACGCGAGUACCUACCCUUAACCACGCUGACAACGAAAGCAUGACUUAACGAAAGCAUGACUAGCAUCCUCAGCGAGUCGACAGCACUUACCGUCUGUCGACGACCGCUUUGACAAACGAUGACGACAAACCACUUAUGAUCGGACGAUCGAAAUGAGAAUGAAGACAAAAAGUAGAGAAGAAAGAUAUCAAGGAGCUCGCUGCCCACCACCACGACGUGGAGAAGUGCCCACGACUGUGUGACGACCUCCUUACUGCAUUAACUCUUUCAUGUACUUUGCAUUACUGGAAAGAUGGAGGACGCGGAAUGCUUACUGGGUAAUACUGAACGGCUGUUGAUCUGAUUUGACGCGACUGGUGUUUUGUUCAAUGCAAAAAAAAUUGGCAUUUUCUAUGGGACAUGGGGCGCAACGGGAGACUUGGAAUAUGGCAGUACAUUGCUCACUCCGACUUCUCGGUUGGAAGUGUUUGCAGUGGAAUGGGUUUCCCCCACAGACUCGUAUUCGACAGUCUUGGAAAUGCUGCAUUUGCCCUGUUUGUUGUCUAUUUCUGUUGCUGUUGCUGUGUUUGUUUGGUUGGGGUUACUUCGCUUCAUGAUCGGGUGUAUUAACAAAAGCUUUGCUGCAAUGCUCUGCUUAUGUUUGUUUCAGUGUGUGUGAUGGAUCAAGAAGAAACGGCUGCUCAUCGCGGGAGACACAUCGCCUGCUUAAGUACUAAUGCAAUGGGAAC